GCCACGCCGCCGGGACACAGCGACUCCACCGCCCGGACCCUCCCGCCCCGCCGGGGCCGGCUGCGUAAGCGGGGGCGGGCCUCUGCGCAGUGCGGCCAAUCGGGACCGGGCCUGGAGGCCGGGGUUGGACGGCCUCGGCGGGACGCCCUGAGUGGCGGUUGUUUCAAGAUGGCGGACGUGGCGGGCCACUCCAGACCCGGCGCGGCGGCGUUCUGGAGCCGCGACUUUUCUGAUGAAGAACAGUCAGUAGUGUAUGUUCCAGGAAUUUCUACAGAAGGAAAUAUCAGAUCAAGACACAAGAUGGUGAAUCCAAAAGCUGAUGUUAAACUUAAGACUUCCAGGGUGACUGCUACUUCAGUCUCCAUGGAGUCUUUAAAAGGUGCAGGGGAUUCAGUAGAUGGACAGAAUUUCUGCAGGGGAGGAAUAAAGAGUGCAUCAUUGAAGGAUUUAUGUCUUGAAGACAAAAGACGCAUUGCAAACUUAAUUAAAGAACUGGCCAGAGUAAGUGAGGAAAAGGAAGUAACAGAAGAAAGACUCAAAGCUGAGCAGGAAUCAUUUGAGAAGAAGAUCAGGCAGUUGGAAGAACAGAAUGAACUGAUCAUAAAAGAAAGGGAAGCUCUUCAGCUACAGUAUAAAGAAUGCCAAGAACUUCUAAGCCUCUAUCAGAAAUAUCUAUCAGAACAGCAGGAGAAGCUUACUGUGUCUCUCUCAGAACUUGGUGCUGCUAAAAUUCAGGAACAACAGGUAUCCGAUAGGAAAAGCACUCUCUGGUCUUCAUCUGUGGAACUGGAUGGUUCCUACUUGAGUGUAGCCAAACCACAAACCCACACUCAAACCGAGCAAAGGCCUAAGUCUGCAAAUCAGGACUCAGCUUCAGAAUCCCUUGCGGAAUUUAGGAAUAAUUCUUUGAAACAAGCAGCCCUUCAUUAUCCCAAAGAGGAUGUGGACAAGGUGCCAUCAGAGACCAGAACAUGUAAUUAUGGAUCCCCAGGGAAAAAACUAGUAGAUGCAGUCCCUACAGAGAAAGUUCCACCAGAGGACCUGAACAUGAAGGAAUGCCAACACCUUAAGGCUACUCCACCUAGUCAGUGUUGUGGUCAUAGACUUUCUGAAAAUGCGGAUCAUGUUCGUGAGAGCCAUCCGACAAACAUGGUCCCUGAAUAUUCCAAGGCACAUCUGGAAUCAUGCAGGUAUUGUGGGCUUUCCUGGACAUCUUUGAUGCGUGGCCAAGGGGCACUGCAGCCUAGUGAAACUGAUGUCAAAAAGCAGCUCUCAGAAGAUAGAAGGCAGCAACUCAUGCUUCAGAAAAUGGAGCUGGAAAUUGAAAAGGAACGCCUUCAGCAUCUACUGGCCCAGCAGGAGACAAAACUACUCCUAAAGCAGCAGCAGCUUCAUCAGUCUCGACUGGACUAUAACUGGUUAAGAACUCAAGCUGUAUUUAAGUCAAGAGAACUGGUUGCUAAUAAAGACAUUACUAAACCCCGAGAGCUGAGGCUGGAUAUGAGUGAGAGUGGCUCUGGACCAAGUUUAUUGAAGUCAAAAUGUGAUGGCUGGACACUUGGAACAUCAUCAUCCAGCAAAAAGUACCAAGACUUCACUAAUAAUGGAGAGAAUAGAAGGGAGAAGAAGACAGUUGGGUUUCAGUCACAUAUGGAAGAUGAUGCCCUGUGGACAGGUCAAAAGAAAGAUGCAUAUCAACCCCAAAGAGGGACAAUGGCAGAAGUUAGAAAAGAUGCAUCCACAUCUCCUAUGACAACAGGAAGCCAAAAGGAGCUUGUAAUCACAACCACAGCAUCAUUGCAACAUGACACCCCCCGGUAUGAGACAUCUCUAUUGGAUUUGGUUCAAUCUCUGAGUCCCAAGACUGCUUCCAAACCUCGGCCCCAUCGCUCCAGAGAAGCUGGGUCAUGGCACCACAGUACUUGCCUACUCAGUCCUCUGAAAUCAACCUGGAACAAGACCGGGGCAGGCAGGACCCCUGAAGACCUGGAGGAGGAUCAAAUUCUGGAAGAUAUCUUUUUCAUUUGACACUGAAGCACAUGCUGCAAAAUUUCCGUCAGAAAUGAGUGGGUGUUUUUAUAUACUGAUCCAGGAUUUUUAAUUAUUUGACUGCAACGUAAUUGUGUCUCUCCUUUCACAGGGAGGGACCUAUCUCACUAGCAUCCUGUUACGUGUCGAAUAUAGAAAUCAUUCUAACAACCCAGGGUGUUUCUGAUCAGACCAAUCAGUAGAUAACACAUUAAGGACGGAUGGGGGUGGAGGACAGUAACUUUUCUAUGCCAAGCAGAGGUUAGAACAUUAACAUAGGACACUUUCUGCAUGGCAGAGGCCUUUGCAUAAUCAGCCUCAUUCAAGAGUGUUUCCUUCUCAAUAUUUUGCUGGAAAAGGUUGGCUCUCUUUUGUACACAAGGAAAACCUUUCCAUUGAGAGAUCCCUCUAGUUUAAACGUAGCCCCUUUGUAACAUAAGCAAUUUCAGAAAGAUAGACCCUUUUACCUCUCCACCCUGUUUUCUUACCACCUACCUCUUUCUAAGUCAGUCAGUUAAUUCUGAGGUUAGAGUUGGUGGUGCCUCUCCCAUCACAAGCAACACUGAGGGCCAAUUGUGAGUCAGUCUCAGCAGUCAUCAGCCUGGCCGCUGCCCACCCUAUAACAAAAGGGCUUAAUGAGCUAGAGGGAGGCCCUCCCAACCCUUAGAAACCAGCAUUAGAUUACACAAGCGAGUACUGCCCUAGGGGAGGCACUGGCCUGAAAUGCUUGUCCUAUGGUCGGCCAUUUCCCCGGGUAAAUAAGAGCACUCUCUCAGUAUUUUUUCUUGCCCCAGGUGUCUGUUUUACUCACCCUGGCUAACUUCCCGUCAGCUGCUACAGGCUGACAGACUUCCCCUGGCCUCCCCUCUCUCCCCAUGUGGAGCCAAGGCCCUGAUUGACCAGGCCUUGCACAUGCUCUGCUCAAGACCACUGUCUCAUGGCCCCAAAGAACCACCUCCACUUGGCGGAUAAUGUUCCACCACCCCACGCAGAGUCUCCCCCUUUCUCCCACUGGGCCUCACAGAGAAAGCCUGUGGAAGAAGUACACUCCAAACGUACUCUCUCUGCUCUCCUGUUCGGCAGGGCUCUUGAGAUGGGUCCCUCAGCUUACAGUGGGCUCUAGAGGCCUCUCAAGCUUAUGGGCAGUAUGACGAGCCUGGUAGAGCCAGUGAGUUUAAAACUUUCCAGUCACUGGAAGCCAGGGGAAGAUAUGCAUCACUUGAUGACUUUAUUUGGUGUGGAGCGUGUUGCUUUUUUCUCUCUCCCUUUCACCAACCCCUGGCCUGUCAGUAGCUAACGUCAGACCAUGCGGGGCAGCCGGCACUUAGUGAGACUGCACGGCUUCCCUGAAGUCUUUAUCAAAACUAGAUUACUUCAGCCUACAAGAGCCUUCUGGAGCAACUUCCUUGUCUGGGUAAAUCCAAAUCUCAUUGUCUCUUCAGACUGAGGCCCUGUCACCUCCGCCCAACCUUCCUUCACUUGGGUCUUUUUGUUCUUUGGAGGAGAGAAGAAUAUAGCCUACCAAUACCAUAUUCUUUUUUUUUUUUUUAUCUUUAUUGGGGUAUAAUUGCUUUACAAUAGUGUGUUAGUU